AUGUACAUCCGAAACAACCUCCUUGUCUUGGCCCUCUGCCUCUCUACCCUCGGCCUGGCCUCGCCCACCACCAGCUCAAAGAGCGGUUCCAAGACGUCGCACAAGGGGAGCGGUGGUUCCUCCAAGGGCUCGAAAGCGCACUCUAGCGUCCCGGCUCAUGCGCCAAAGGGCACUCCGGCGCCAGGUUCCGGAUCCGGAUCCGCAGCCAGUGGCGGCGGUGGUGGUUCCGCAGCAGGCAACGGAACGACCUCCGGCGGCGCCAACACGGAGCUGCAGACGACGUUCCCAACGGCCAAGGGGUCGCAGAAUAUUGCUACCGUCAAGACCAUUGCUGCGGGCCAGUCGUUUGACGGCGGGAUGGUGAUGUGGGAUCGGAGUCCGAGUACCUGCAAGGGCCAGACUGAGGGCGGGAACAAGGACGCGGUGUUUAUUCUCGAGGAAGGGGCUACGAUUAGCAAUGUGAUUAUUGGGCCUAAUAAUGGUGAGGGGAUUCAUUGUUUGGGGAGUUGUACCAUCAACAACGUCUGGUUCCAAAAAGUCUGCGAAGACGCCAUCACGUUCCGCCAAACCUCGGGCACAUCCUACGUCAACGGCGGCGGCGCCCAAGACGCGGCCGAUAAGGUCCUCCAGCACGACGGCGGCGGGACCGUCGCCGUGAAGAACUACUUUUGCAAGAACUGCAGCAAAAUGUACCGCAGCUGCGGAAACUGCAAGACGCAGGUGGCGCGGCACUCGACCUUUGACAAUAUCCGGCUCGACGGCGGAAAAGUGCUCAGCGGUGUCAAUGGGAACUUGGGGGAUGGGACGAUUGUGAGGGACUCGUGCGUGCUGGGCGGCGCGCAGGUGUGCGAGAACUUUGAGGGGAAUAGUAGUGGUGCGGAGCCCAAGUUGGUCUCGAGCGGGCCGGAUGGGAAGUUGUGUGUUGCUACGAAUGUUAAGACGAGUGGGUGUUGA